UUGGGCUCUCUCGAGCAGCUCGGUCCUCCACCAGAGGAGACUCAAGAGGAGGUGUCAGUCCAGGGCGACCUCAUGUGUCCUACUACUCCAGAGGAGGCGACCUCACCCUGCUCCUCAUCGCGCUCAUCGGUGGAGGACCUCGGGGCGGCGGCCAAGUGGAGGGACAAGGCAGACCUGUACACCUCCUACGACCAGACGCUCAAGGAAAUGCAACGCGAGCUGGAAACGGUGGAGGCUGACUAUGCGCUGGACCGUCGGCGCAAGAGCUCCGAUGACGUCAUAUCGACUCCCUCGUCUUACCGCAGUCGCUCCUCCAGCAUACCCUCCUCGGAAGACGUUGACGAACCAAGACUUUUUCAGAUGGUCGAGCAGCCAGAACACCUAAUCGAGGAGGAGGAAGACGACAUCGCCGAUAGCCAAUCAGAGCGCAGCGACUGGAGCGCGAGCGCUCUGCGCAUGCGCCGUCAGCACGCCUCCCCGAGUGUGUCUUCUGCGUGCGAAGAGCGGCCGUUCACGGCCGGCGCCACAAGAACUUUUGAAAUUCCAACCGUGGACACGCGCAGUCUCUCCGGCCUUCCUCCUGCUUCCAACGCUCCCGUGUUGGUGGCGGCCCAGCGAACCGUGUACUCGGUCGACGAGGGUCUUGUCAAGGUUACCGUCAGAGAGCAAGCCGAAACACCGCCGCCGUCGCCGGUGGCUGACGUCACUGGGACGGCGGAGGAAAGCGUGAGCCUGCGGCCAGCGCCGUCGGAGGAGAGUGACCGUCUGUCCAGCACGACGCCCACCCCGACGGCGAGCCCGCUACUGCUCCGGCAGACCGAGGUCACGGGGUCAAGGUCGCCAAUGCGGCCGAGCCUGUCGGUGACGUCGCAGGACUCGACGCCGAGCGCCGAGGGCAGCGAAGCCGACUCGGCGACGCCGUGCGAGGGCGCCUCGCUGCUUAGCGCCGCCGCAUUUCCCGCCGCGUUCGGUGCUGACGCCGGCCGACCUUCGGACCAGUCCAAGCGUAGCGUUCUGAGUCAGGCCGGCUCCAGCCAGAGCAUCCGCGGCAUGAUCGACAAGUUCAACAACAUCUCGGACACGCCGGAGACCAGCACCCCAGUGACGUCACGUAAAGAGCUGGUCACGUCACGGCCGCGGCUGGAGCCGCCCAACCUGGCGCUCCAGUUGCAGAAGAGCUUGUCAGACGGCGUGGUGGCGUCAGCCUCGUGUGCGGACGACAAUGGAGACGAAGGGGGCGAUGUCAGUGCUGCCGUGCAGGCGCGCUCCGCCAGCGGCAGCGCCGUGCCGCAGCUGGAGCCAUCUGUCGGCGACCUGGCCAAGUCGAGCUCGCUGCCGGCGGCCGGUAGAGGCGCUGACGGUCUGGGCCUGGCCGCCCUGCCUCCCCGCUGGAGCCCGCUGCCGCCGAUCGCGAGUCAGGUGCCGCGCCUGACCAGCUCGCCGGUGUCUGCGCGGACGCGCAUUCUCCCUGACCAGCAGUCGCCCCCCUCCCCCAUGACGCCGUCCUCCUCUGGCGUGACGUCGCCGCUCAGUUUGACGUCAUCGUUGGUCGCGACGUCAUCCGGCGCUCUAGACUCGUCGCUUGAUUCGUCGUUCGACUCGGCGUUCGAGCACUCGCGCGCUCGCGAGUCGCGCGGCUCGGUGGCCAGUGCGCGCGCCGAGCGCCUGCGCCGGGCGCGCGACGAGUUCUUUGGUGCCACGUGGUCGGCGUUGCCGGCGGGCGCCGAGGGCGGCGAGCGUGUGGACGGCGCGUUUCCGUUCGGCGCCGGCGCGGAGAGUCCGCUACGCCCGCCGCGCCGUCGGGAGAACGCGCGGUCCGCCGGUCUGGCGCACAGCAAGAGCACCGGAACCAUUAACGAGGUUGUGCGCCUUAGUGACGUCAGCUGCGGCAGCGACUUCAGUGACAUCCGCGUCGAGGACGCGCGACCGGAGGUGCCUCAGGAGCUGUCCCUCGACGCCGAUGCUGGAGAGGGCGGAGCAGAGGCCAAGGUCGGGCUGGAGGCCGCGGAAACUGUUCCGGUCGCCGACGCCCGAAGGAAAGCGGUGCUUGGUUUAGAACCGCAGAGGGAGCUGCGUGCCUACCAGCUGGAGGACUAG